AGGAGGAGGAAGAAGUGGAGGAGGAGGAAGAGGAAGAAGAGAACAGACAAUUCAAACACGCAGGCUAUUUUUCCUCCUGGGACAAUAAAGGAAAUGCAAUUAUACUAACCCAUAAGCUAAGUGGGGAAAAAAAUCUCCCAUAGCAAAAGUAAGAUGAGUGAGAAUGACAAGACUAAGGACGGCGAUAGCACACUCAACUCACAUUAUCCCUUUACCUGGAGCCUCUCUUCUUUUAAUCUCCCAUUUUUCCUGCAAAUGUCUGGACCAUAAAUAUCUGGGCAGCCAGGGCUUAAAUUUCAACGGGCCUGGAGAUUAGCAAAGCAAACAGGCUAUUGUGUUCUGUGCCCAUCACUCCUGCCAAUUAGAGGUCAUUUUAUAUUGUAAAGCCACAUCAAAUGUACACUGGUUUUAAAAACAAAACAAAACAUGGGAAAACUUUACUUUCUAGCCCAAAAUGAUGUACAACAUGCAUCGAUUUUUGUCCUCUUAAAAGAUUUUUAUUAGAAAGUAAAAUUAACUAAAAAGGAAGUCCUCCACUUAUGACCACAACUGAGGCCAAAAUUUCGAUUGAUGAGACGGUUAAGGAAAUGGUUGUAAGUCGAGUUCUGCCCCAUUUUAAGAUCUGUUUUGCCACAGUUGCUAAGCGAAUCACUGCGGCUGUUAAGUUAGCGACACAGUCGUGAAGCUGGAUCUGGCAUCUCCAUUGUCAGAAGGUCACAAAAGGGGAUGACGUGACCCCCCCCCCCGCCGGACACUGCAACCCGUCAUAUAUGUGAGUCCGUCGCCAAGUGUCCGGAUUUUGAUCACCUGUCCGCAGGGACGCUGCAACGGUCAUAAGUGUGAGAAAUGGUCAUAAGUCACUUUUCUUAGCACUGUUGUAACUUCAGUCCGUAAACAAAUGGUUGUAAGUCGAGGACCACCGUAACUUUUUCUUGGGGCCGGGGGAAAUGGCAUAGUCGGGGAUUACCAACGUGCAUGAAAGAGGUAUGGAAAUUGUAUUUUUUAGAGUCCCUAAAGCAGGGGUCUCCAACCUUGGCAAUUUUAAGCCUGGAGGACUUCAACUCCCAGAAUUCCUCCACCAUCCUUGGCCACAAAAAGAAACACACACACACACACACACACACGAUCCUUGUGCCUUAUUCUCAAGGUCUAUAACAGGGGUCUCCAACCUUGGCAACUUUAAGCCUGGAGGACUUCAACUUCCAGAAUUCCCCAGCCAGCAAAGAAUUCUGGGAGUUGGUCCUCCAGGCUUAAAGGUGCCAAAGUUGGAGACCUCUGCCCUAAUGGAUGGCUUUUGAAGAUCUUCAUAAGAAUCUCAAGGAGAAAAAAAAAACGUUCACAGUACAAACUGUACCGAAAGCCAAAUCUUUUCCAUUACUAAUUUCUCUUCUACAACAUGCCUCAAGCCAAAGUAUUUUGGAUGUGGCCAUCGUUCAACUAGGAGAGAAGUUAAGAUCCAACCUGCCAAGACGGGUCCUGACAGCAGAUACGUCCAGAAGGUUAUGAAAAGCUUCCAGAGCCAAGUAAUUUUGUGGGCUGGUGGCCCAUGAACGGAGAAAGGAUUUCCAAAAUAGCAAGGAUCUUCACACCGGAGAAUGGAGGGCGCUUUGCUUCCUUUACAUAACGGAUGCAUAGAAUGGAAAAAGCAUACGGGGGUUUUAACCAGAACAAACAUUCGGGAGGCACCUCAAAAGACUAACAAAUAUAACGUCGUGUGAGCUUUCAUAGAUCUUGGUCAACAAAAGCUGACGCAGUGCUACGUUGCUUGUAUCUCUGGCUACUUCUUUGAAAUCUGCAUUUAACAAUCCAGCGUUGCCCAAUCCUGGCCACUUUUAAGACCGGUGGACUACAACUCCCAGCAAUGGCUCAGGGAAUUCUGGGAGUUGUAAUCCAGCAGUCUUCAAGUGGCCAAGGUACCCCUUGACACCCCUGAGUUUAGAUUAUAUAGCCACAGGAGGAAAGUUUUAAUUUUAAAAUUUUAAUUGAAACCUAAAGAGGGGAGGCGGAAGGGGGAGUGGAUUUGGUGCACAGACUUUUGUGAAAGCUAAAAUUAAAUACACAAUUUGUGUCGUUCUUUAGAACAGUGGUUCUCAACCUUUUCUUCACCGCACACAGUCUGUGGCCCACCGGAUGAGAACUGCUGUCUUAGACUAAGAAAACCUUGUUUUUUAAAAAGAGAAAAAUAGAAAGAUAACUUGGAAGGGUGGCGAGGCUUCCAAUGGCCCCCUCUCUCAUCCUUCCAAACGGUGCGUUAGAAUUUGGGAUGCUUUUUACUUUUUUCCCCCUCCAAAUCUUCCACCUGACUCUUCUUGUAAAUUUAACUAUAAAUUUGGAGAUAAGAAAUGUCAAUGAUAGCUUAAGGCAGCGGUCACCAACUGGUGGUCCGUGGACCACUGGUAGUCCAUGAGAAAAUGUUGGUGGUCUGCAGAAAAAUUAUUUGCAUUUUUGAUAUUGCACUAAAUACUACUUGUCUUUUUUAAAAAAAUGCAUAUUAGUGGUCCGCAGGAUUUAAAAUUAUGGAUUUAGUGGUCCCUGAGGUCCGAAAGGUUGGUGAUCCCUGGCUUAAGGGAUAGGUCCAGUGGUGAAAUCCAAUUUUUUUUACUACUGGUUCUGUGGGCGUGGCUUGGUGGCCAUGGUGUGGCUUGGUAGUUGUGGCAGGAGAAGGAUACUGAAAAAUCCCCAUUCCCGUCCACUCCUGGGGGAAGGAUAAUGCAAAAUCCCCAUUCCCACCCCAUUCUGGGGCCAGCCAGAGGUGGUGUUUGCUGGUUCUCCGAACUACUCAAAAGUUCCGCUACGGGUUCCCCAAAACCUGUCAGAACCUGCUGAAUAGCACCCCUGGAGUAAGACCUAUUCAGUGCGAUUUGGGUCUUUUUCUUUUAGCAUCCCAAAGUUUCCCCUCCUUCUUGUACCCUGAGUUGCUUUUAUAAGUCCCUCCAAUUUUAAAGGCAGUUUGCAAGGAAGGGUACAAUCCAGUUUAACUAAUGCAGGGCCCCACAGCUACCAGAGACAGCUUGCCAAAAAAAAAAUCUAGAAAAGCACAAUUGAGUCUCUUUUUGGAUAGCCCAGAUUUGGGUGACCUUAAUGGACCUCCAGAAGUGGUGCCAUUCUGGAUCCUCAUCUAAUGUUCUACCUGGGCAUGAACGUGGUCAUAGAAUAUAAAAUCCUAGGCUUGGAAGGGACCUCAGAGGUCUUCUAGUCCAACCCCUGCUCAAGGUAGACCUUAUACCAUCCCGGUCAAACAAUUCUCCAGUCUUAUUUUUGAAAGCCUCCAGUGAUGGAACAGCCACAACUUCUGGAGGCAAAUUAUUCCAUGAUUUGCUCUCAACAUUAGGAAAUCUCUCCUUAGUUCUAGAUUGCUUCUCUCCUUGGUUAGUUUCCAUCCAUUGUUUCUUAGCUUGCCUUCUGGUGCUUCAGAAAAUAAGUUGAACCCCUCAUCCUUGUAGGAGCAUCUCAAUACUUUAAUACCCCUUUUAAUGAGACACGGUGGCUUAGUGGCUUAGACACUGAGCUUGUCCCUCAAAAGGUCGGCAGUUCAGCGGUUCGAAUCCCUAGUGCCACGUAACGGGGUGAGCUCCCGUUACUUGUCCCAGCUUCCGCCAACCUAGCAGUUUGAAAGCACAUAAAAAAUGCAAGUAGAAAAAUAGGGACCACAUUUGGUGGGAAGAGAACAGCGUUCCGUGCGCCUUGGGCAUUGAGUUGUGCCGGCCACAUGACCACAGAGACGUCUUCAGACAGCGCUGGCUCUUCGGCUUUGAAACGGAGACGAGCACCACCCCCUAGAGUCAGGAACUACUAGCACAUAUGUGCGAGGGGAACCUUUACCUUUAAUACCCAGAACUUACUCACAGACUACGCACACACACACACACUUUAAAUGCACAUGUGAUGAACUGUCCCCCAACAGUCAGAAAAAGUUCUCCUUACUUCUAAAGUUGGGUCUUAAUGAAAGGGGUCCUGAUGCCUAAAAACUUUGCAUCUGCCUUCUCGAGAAGGAUGAAUGGCUGAGCUGAAGAGGGUGGGGGGAGGGAGGGAGGGAGGGGGAGAGAGAGAGAGAGAGAGACUGACAUGGCACAUAGAGAGCAGAGCAUCCCCUUCUCCAGAGGGAGCAUGAGAGAGAGAGAGAGAGAUCCGGGUGCUGAGCCUUGUGGACUUGGCUGUCAUUCCAUUCCGAAAGCAGAAUUCAGCCCAGCUGCUCAACCCUCAUUUUCCCACAGCCGGUAGAUCGAUUCUGGCCGAGCAACCACCAGGUGGGGGGGGGGCAGGGGGGGGUCAAUGCCUCUGUCAACCGGCUUCCUCCCCAGACAAGGAAGGUCACUUUCCACCUGCGGCAUCAGGAUUUAGAAAGGGAGGGGCUUUUGAAACCGGCCAGGUUUCAAAAAAGGACACCUGAAAACAAGUUAUUUCGAACGGACGGAAACAUGAAACAUGCGGGCGAUCCAGAAGAGAAACCUGAUGAACAAAGAAAGGUCGAGCGCUCACUGCGGGACCAACAGCAGGAGAUGGUCCUAGAUGGCUCCGCAUCUUUCAAACCGUGAGGAGGACCGCAAGGGAAGCAAAAUGCACACCUGUCCAAAACCGCCUCUAUUGCUAUUAAAAAGUUCCUUAGUGACACAACACGAAUUCACAGGCACUCAUCCUACUGAGGACUAGCAUCUUCCCAUGUUCUCCAAGAAGUUCAGAAUAUUCUAACUGAUUCAACCUUCAGGGGCUACAAACAUGAUCUCCGCAGACCUCUUUGGAACCACGGUCCACCUGAACAGCCUGGCGCAGAAAUCCAGGUUUGCGUAUUUCGCGGAGAAUCACACCACGGGAAUUUACGUGGGAACCGCCUCUCCGGCGCUGUGUAACGGCACCUACUUUGAACUCAACGGAUCCCGUUUUUGCAACGAGAGCCGGGCCCUCAACCUGGUCGACAGAUCCGAGCAUCAGCAGUAUGUGAUCGGCCUUUUCUUAUCGUGCCUCUACACGAUCUUCCUCUUUCCCAUCGGCUUCGUGGGGAACAUCCUGAUCUUAGUGGUGAACAUCAGCUUUCGCGAGAAGAUGACCAUCCCCGACCUCUACUUCAUUAACCUGGCGGUGGCCGACCUGAUCCUGGUGGUGGACUCCCUCAUCGAGGUGUUUAACCUCGACGAGAAAUACUACGACAUCACCGUCAUCUGCACCUUCAUGUCCUUGUUCCUCCAGAUCAACAUGUACAGCAGCAUUUUCUUCCUCACCUGGAUGAGCUUCGACAGGUACAUGGCGCUGGCCAAAGUCAUGAAGUCCAACCUGUUCCGCACCAUGGAGCACGCCAGGCUCAGCUGUGGCCUCAUCUGGCUGGGCUCCAUUUCGGCCGCCCUGGUGCCCUUCACGGCCGUCCACUUGCAACACUCGGGGGAGGUCCACUUCUGCUUCGCCGACGUGGCGGAAAUCCAGUGGUUAGAAAUCACGGUUGGGUUUAUCAUCCCCUUCGCCAUCAUCGGCCUCUGUUAUUCGUUAAUUGCCCGAGUGCUAAUCAGCGCCCACAAGCACCGGAGUCUGCGCCUUCGCCGGCAGAAAGCCCUGCGCAUGAUUUUCGUGGUGGUCCUGGUUUUCUUCAUUUGCUGGCUGCCGGAAAACGUGUUUAUUAGCGUCCAGCUUCUCCAGCAGACCGAAGAGUCUUCGUCCAGAGGCCGUUCUUUCAGGCAUAACUAUCCCUUAACGGGGCACAUAGUCAAUCUGGCAGCCUUCUCCAACAGCUGUCUGAACCCACUUAUCUACAGCUUCCUAGGGGAGACUUUCAGGGACAAACUGAAGCUGUAUAUUGAGCAGAAGACCAAAGUCUCCAUGUUAAACCGCCUUUGCCACGCGACGCUGAAAUCGGUCAUUUCGGAUAGUGCCGAACAGUCGGAAGUUUAGCUUAGCCAUGAAUAGACUCUGCUCACUCCUGCUUCUUACUAGCAGAAAAAGUGCAGGCUUUGCCCCCUUCGCCAUCUUUUUAUAAGAACGUGUAAAAUGUGACACAGUACUAGGGACUUGUUUAAUUACGGGAAAAAUAACAGCUUCACCCGAAGGUCAGUUGCAUUUAUAUAGGCAAGGAAUCCGACAAUUACUUACGGAAAGAUGUAACUAUAAUACGAUUCCUGAAUAUUGUUACCUGCCUGAUCUAUGUUAGAUGCCCUAGGAAAU